UUGGUUCCUAGUGCCGGCAGCCCCCUGGCCUGCUCUUUCACUGAAUAUUGGUGUCUGGGGACGUGUCUCAUCUGUCGUACAGCUGGGAUCUGCAGAACAGAUCCCCCCCGCACCCAAGAAGCUGGGAUUACAGGCACCCGCCGCCACGCCCAGCUAAUUUUUGUAUUUUUAGUAGAGACAGGGUUUCACCAUGUUGGUCAGGCUGGUCUCGAACUCCUGGCCUCAGGUGAUCUGCCCGCCUCAGCCUCCCAAAAGUGCUUGGAUUACAGGCAUGAGCCACUGCGCCUGGCCUUAGAAAGCUUUUUUUUUCUUUUUUUUUUUGAGACAGAGUUUCACUUUGUCGCUACGCUGGUGUGAUCUGGGCUCACUGCAAUCUCCGCCUCCCAGGUUCAAGUGAUUCCCCUGCCUCAGCCUCCCGAGUAGCUGGAACUACAGGCUUCCGAGGCGAUCGGGCAGUGUCAGUCUUCAGCUGCUAAGCGGAGAAGAUCUGGGAAGGAGUCAGAGAGCCUUGGGCCAGAGUUCUAGCUGCUCUGGGAGUGGCUGCCAGAGACUCUCCCAAAACCGUUCAUCUGGGCCGAGCCCCAUUUCAUGGUUCCAAAGGAAAAGCAAGCGACCAUCUGUUGCCAGGGAAAUUAUGGGGCUGUUGAAUACCAGCUGCAUUUUGAAGGAAGUCUUUUUGCCGUGGACAGACCAAAAGCCCCUGAGCGGAUUAACAAAGUCAAAUUCUACAUCCCGGACAUGAACUCCCGCAUGGCAGGGCAAUACAGCUGCAUCUAUCGGGCUGGGGAGCUCUGGUCAGAGCCCAGCAACUUGCUAGAUCUGGUGGUAACAGAAAUGUAUGACACACCCACCCUCUCGGUUCAUCCUGGACCCGAAGUGAUCUCAGGAGAGAAGGUGACCUUCUACUGCCGUCUAGACACUGCAACAAGCAUGUUCUUACUGCUCAAGGAGGGAAGAUCCAGCCACGUACAGCGCGGAUACGGGAAGGUCCAGGCGGAGUUCCCCCUGGGCCCUGUGACCACAGCCCACAGAGGGACAUACCGAUGUUUUGGCUCCUAUAACAACCAUGCCUGGUCUUUCCCCAGUGAGCCAGUGAAGCUCCUGGUCACAGGCGACAUAGAGAACACCAGCCUUGCACCUGAAGACCCAACCUUUCCUGCAGACCCUUGGGACACCUACCUUUUAACCACAGAGACGGGACUCCAGAAAGACCAUGCCCUCUGGGAUCACACUGCCCAGAAUCUCCUUCGGAUGGGCCUGGCCUUUCUAGUCCUGGUGGCUCUAGUGUGGUUCCUGGUUGAAGACUGGCUCAGCAGGAAGAGGACUAGAGAGCGAGCCAGCAGAGCUUCCACUUGGGAAGGCAGGAGAAGGCUGAACACAAAGACUCUUUGAAGAAUGACCAUGAGACACAGUGGCCAUGGGUGGAUCUGAAAGCUGGUGUUGAGCCUGGGCGGCGUGAGCUCUGUGUUGGACCCACGGAGGAGGGACUCACUGCAGGGAACAAGGGACACUGUCAUUCCAUUUGUCAGAGCAUCCCGGACGAUGCAGAGGGUGGGAGAACUACAUGUUAAAUUUCUUUUUUUUUUUUUUGAGACAGAGUUUUCUCUUGUUGCCCAGGCUGGAGUGCAAUGGCACGAUCUAGGCUCACUGCAACCUCUACCUCUCCAUCCCUCGGGUUCAAGUGAUUCUCCUGCCUCAGCCUCCUGAGUAGCUGGGAUUAUAGGCAUGCGCCACCACCCCAGCUAAUUUUGUAUUUUUAGUGGAGAUGGCGUUUCUCCCUGUUGGCUGGUCUCGAACUCCUGACCUCAAGUGAUCUCCCCGCCUUGGCCUCCCAAAGGGCUGGGAUUACAGGCAUAAGCCGCCAAGCCCGGCCACUGAAUUUCUUCUGUAGACAAAUCCUAUGGUCUCUUCUAGGCUCUAACUACUUUUGUGCCACUUACUGCAAACCAUACUUUUAACCACUCUGGUCUUUUCUGAAAAGAUCUCUCCUUCUUUAACAGGAGGGCCAUGGAAAUAUUUUUUUCCUACUUUGGUCUUUUUUUCUUUCCUUUUUCUGCAGGAAGCCAUUCAAAAUAGUUAAUAACCAAUAUAGAAUAGGUCUGUAUCAAAUGGUUCUGGAGGCAUUGUGGCAACAACCAGUUGUAGAGAAGCAGCUUUAUAAGUGAAUCCUGCCAGGCACGGUGGCUCACACCUGUAAUCCCAACACUUUGGGAGGCUGAGGCGGGCAGAUCACCUGAGGUCAGGAGUUCGAGACCAGCCUGGCCAACACGAUGAAACCCCAUCUCUACUAAAAAUACAAAAAUUCGGCCAGGCACAGUGGCUCAUGCCUGUAAUCCCAGCACUUUGGGAGGCCAAGGUGGGAGGAUCACCUGAGGUCAGGAGUUCGAGAGCAGCCUGGUCAACAUGGUGAAACCACAUCUCUACUAAAAAUACAAAAAUUAGCCAGGUAUGGUGGCGUGUGCUUGUAAUCCCAGCUACUCAGGAGGCUGAGGCAGGAGAAUAGCUUGAACCCGGGAGGCGGAGGCUGCAGGGAGCCAAGAUCGCACCACUGCACUCCAGCCUACGUGACAGAGCAAGAUUCUGUCUCAAAAAAAAAAAGAAAAGAAAAAAAAUAAAUAAGUGAGUCCUGGCUGCAUCCCAACCAUACCCCAAUUCCUUCUAACCACAGAAUUAUUCCAUCUUCUCUUCCUUUUUUUUUUUUUUUCUUUUUUUUUUGUUUGUUUUGUUGGGACAGAAUUUCACUUUUUUUUUUUUUUAAUGUAAGUUUUAGGGUACAUGUGCACAACGUGCAGGUUAGUUACAUAUGUCUACAUGUGCCAUGUUGGUGUGCUGCACCCACUAACUCAUCAUUUAACAUUAGGUAUAUCUCCUAAUGCUAUCCUUCCCCCCGAGUUUCACUUUUGUCACCCAGGCUGGAAUGCAGUGGUGCAAUCUUGGCUCACUGCCACCUCCACCUCCAGGGUUCAAGUGAUUCUCCUGCCUCAGCCUCCUGAAUAGCUGGGAUUAUAGGCAUGCACCACCACGCCCGGCUAAUCUUUGUAUUUUUAGUAGAAACGGGGUUUCACAAUGUUGGCCAGACUGGUCUUGAACUCCCGACCUCAGGUGUUCCACCAGCCUCGGCCUCCCAAAGUGCUGGAAUUACAGGUGUGAGUCACCGUACCCGGCCACCAUCUUUGUUUCUUUAUCCACACCUUGCCUUGUUCUUCAGGGCUCUGCAGAGAUAUCAUUUCCUCCAAGAGUUUCCACAACUCCGACUUCACAAAGAUAGCACUUUUUUUUUUUUUUUUUUGAGACAGUCUCACUCUGUAGCCCAAGCUGGCGUGCAGUGGCACAAUCUCAGCUCACUGCAACCUUCGCCUGUGGGGCUCAAGCGAUUCUCCUUCCUCAGCCUCCCAAGUAGCUGGGACUAGAGGCACGCGCCACCACACCCGGUUAAUUUUUUUUGCAUUUUUAGUAGAGAUAGGGUUUCAUCAUGUUGCCCCGGCUGGUCUCAAACUCCUGAGCUCAGGUGAUCCCCCCGCCUUGGCCUCUCAAAGUGCUAGGAUUACAGGCGUGAGCCACUGCGCCCAGCCAAGACAACACUUUCCUCAUCCCAAAGCACCUGUUAAUUCCCUGUAACAGCACUUGAACCCUGAUUCGGCAUGCAUGUCCAUUUUCCUGCCUCUAUCGUGAACUCGUGUGAAUUGAUCUAUGUCAGAUUUAGUGGCUGCAUUCACAGCUCCCACAACUAUAACGGGGUUCUCGGGAAAUAUAUAUCAAAUGAGUGAAUGUAUAUACGGGGCUGUGGCACAGCCUACAACUUGGGACUUCUCACUAGGGGUCUUGAAAUGCUGUCUGGACACCACCAUCGCUUUCCUCCCUGAGAACUUCUACUUAUCAACCCAUUUGUAUACUCAUUGCAUGGGUCCUCACGCCCUCCCAUUAUUCUGGUGCCUCACGCCAGUCAAAUUUAUUCUCUAAAUCUGAUUUUUCCAUUAAAUAGCAGCCUGGCCAACACGGUAAAACCCCAUCUCUACUAAAAAAUACAAAAUAUUAGCCAGGCGUAGUGGCUUGCACCCGUAAUCUCAGCUACUCGGGAGGCUGAGGCAGCAGAAUCACUUGAACCCGGGAGGCAGAGGUUGUGGUAAGCCGAGAUUGCACCACUGCACUCCAGCCUGGUGACAGAGCGAGACUCCCUCUCAAAAUAAAUAAACUGCUGACUUGUGUAUUUUUUCUUUACCCCAACUCAUUCCUUACAUGUAGGCACCUGUAAUCCCAGCUACUCAGAAGGCUGAGACAGGAGAAUCGCUUGAACCUGGGAGGCGGAGCUUGCAGUGAGCCAAGAUCGUGCCACUGCACUCCAGCCUGGGCGACAGAGCGAGACUCCAUCUCAAAAAAAAAAAAAACCACAUAGGCUCAGUCUUUUCAGUAUCUGCUUUACUGGUUCAGUAAAAGCCAGGAAACACAACUUUGUGGUAAUCUGAAUGUUAUUGAACUGUAUUUUGUUCACUUUAUUGUAAAUACUGGUGAACAGUGAAUAAAUGGUUGUAUAUUCCUAACAAGAAAAAAAAAAAAGACCCAAAGUACAGCGAGCUGAUGCCGAUCUCAUUUCGCAGAGGUCCGCCUGCUCUCCCCCUCCAAGAGUGUAAUCCUAUGCUUAAUAAACUUAUGCCGCUUUGCUAUAUGUGUGUAUCACACCCAAUUCUUUGUUCGAAACACCAACGGCCUGGAACUUCACAGCUUCAGCUGGUAACAGGGGGAGCAGGGGUAAAGACAUUUAAAAGCUGCUUGUGUUAACCAUAAUCGCCAUCCCGUAUAUCAGACCCCCAGAACUAAGUCAUCUUAUA